AUGAGGAAAUCAAAGAGAAGACACAGAGCCCUGCUUGCUGUGUGUUUGAACUUAGUAGCCCUUUUGUUUUCGACCACAGCUUUCAUCACAACAUACUGGUGCGAGGGAACACAGAGGGUGCCUAAGCCAAACUGUGGAAAAGGCAAGAAGACAAACUGUAUCAACUACAAUGGUGAUGAGAGUCAUAAUGAGAGCAACUCCAAUGUGGUUCACUACAGCUGGGAGACAGGGGAUGACAGGUUUCUCUUCAGAUACUUUCACACUGGGAUAUGGUACUCAUGUGAGGAAAAUAUUAAUGGAUCUGGUGAAAAAUGUCGAAGCUUUAUUGACCUUGCACCAGCAUCUGAAAAAGGUGUGCUCUGGCUGUCCGUGGUGUCUGAAGUGCUGUUCAUUUUACUGUUAGUCGUUGGAUUCAGCCUUAUGUGCCUAGAAUUCUUUCAGUCAAAUAACGUUGUGGAUGGUCUGAAGUUGAAUGCUUUUUCUGCUGUCUUCACUGUCUUGUCAGGUCUUCUUGGUAUGGUGGCUCACAUGAUGUACACUCAAGUCCUUCAAGUUACUGUGAGUUUAGGACCUGAAGACUGGAGACCGCAUUCAUGGGAUUAUGGGUGGUCUUUCUGCCUUGCCUGGUGUUCCUUCACAUGUUGUAUGGCAGCCUCUGUUACCACUCUGAAUUCAUAUACAAAAACAGUCAUUGAGUUUGGACACAAGCAUAAGAUUUUUGAGCAAGCUCUGCAAGAAGAACAGUCAUUCACAGAUCACAAUGCCCUUAAAUACAUCAAUGAGCGACCAGUCCAAUCUAUUUCUAGCUCCCUAGAAAUAUCAGAUGAUGCAGCCAGAAGUAUCAGAAAGUCUGUGCUAGCUUCAACAUCAGUUGACCUUGGAGAAAUACAGGAAUCGUUGGGAGAAGAACAAUGUUAA